AUGUCCCCAUACCGUUUGGUUUAUAGAAAAGCCUGUCAUUUGCUAGUAGAGCUGGAACACCGUGCUUAUUGGGCCAUUAAGGCCAUGAUUUUUGACUCUGAUAAAGCCGGUAAACAUAGGAAACUUCAGCUUGAUGAGUUGGAAGAAAUUCGAAAUGAUGCCUAUGAGAGUUCCAAAAUGUGUAAAGCCAAAACAAAGUUGGAACAUGACAAGCACAUUCUUCGAAAGGAUUUCUUCCCCGGACAAAAGGUUCUUUUGUAUAACUCCCGUCUUCAAUUGUUUCCUGGGAAGUUACGGUCACGUUGGUCUGGCCCAUACUUUGUCAAACAUGUGGCAAGUCAUAGUACAAUUGAGGUACAAGACCCCACGACUGGGGAAUUGUUCAAAGUUAAUGCUCAUCGCUUAAAACCUUUUUUUGAGCUCGAGUCUCAUGAAAUUGAGGAAAUUCUCCUCAUCGAUCCUGUCUAUUCGGAUUGA